AUGGUGGAAGUGAAGAAGGAACCAGUUUCAGCUUCUUGUCGGAAAAUUCAAAAAGCAGAAAGAGAAAAGAUUCGUAGAGAUAAGCUCAACGAACAGUUUCUUGAGCUAGGAAAUGCAUUAGAUCCCAAUAGGCCAAAGAGUGACAAAACUUUGAUUCUCAAUGAUACAAUACAAACGUUGAAAGAUUUAAUGACUCAAGUUGAUAGACUAAAAGCUGAAUAUGUCACACUAUCUCAAGAGUCUCGUGAGCAGCUAAUGCAAGAGAAGAGCGAGCUGCGAGUGGAGAAAUCGUCUCUUAAAUCCGAUAUCGAGUGUCUUAAUGCUCAAUAUCAAGAUAGAGUUAGAAAAACUAUGGUUCCAUGGAUACCACAUUAUGCUUAUCCUCUACCCGUUGUAGCGAUAACUCAGGCGCCAGUCGCAAUUCCUCCUCAACUUCAGCCUUUUCCAUUCUAUGGAAAUCUGACCGAACAAGCAUCGAUUCAGCUUUCUUCUUCGUCUUCUGGUGCUUCAAACAAGCAAGAUUCCAAAAGCAAGUCUUUAGAUUUGAAUAUGAUGAGGAACUGUUACCAAACAGGUCAUUAUAAAGAUGAUGUUGGUUUAGAGCUUGAGCUUAAACUCCAUGCUUCUUCUUCUUCUUCAACUCAACAGGAUGCUUCCGGACAAGAGAAGAAAAGAGGAAGCUCGACAACUAUUGCAAGCUCAUCAUCUGAAGCUGUUCAAGAUAGUUCCUCCGGUAACAUAAAUCACAUUUCUAAGUCAUAA